AUGAAGGUCUUCGUGCUAGUGCUGCUGGCUUCCCUGCUCUAUGUGGAACGAGCUCAUGCCCUCAUGUGUUUCUCAUGUAACAAGAAAAGGAGCAACUUUGGUUGUCUGAAGAUCUCCUUUUGUACAGUAGAUGAACCUUACUGCGUUUCCCAAACAAUCUCAACAGCGACUGGACACAAAUCAAAGAGCAUCAGCAAAUACUGUUCUGCCACCUGUCCAAUCACUUUUGCCUCUGGGGUGGUAGUUAUGGCCACUCGAUGCUGCCAACACUCCCUGUGUAAUAUAUUCUCAAAUGAUGGUGGACUCCAGGCCAGCUCUUUGGUGCUGGGCCUGUCUGUGCUGUUCAGUUUGCUUUAUGCCGUGGUGAGGCCAGGUGCUUGA